UUGGUCUAAUCAGAAGACGAUACAUUUGUAGGUAUAUCGAUAAAUUAGGUUUUUUUUGGUAUAUUUUGAAAUGCAAUUUGAGGUCACGCCGGCAAAUUGCAAUUUGUUUAGCGCGUUUGUUGAUACGAAAAAUUGUGAAAGUGCAAUUGCAAGUAAAACGGAGCAAUGCAGGAGCUUUUCAGCGUGCAGCUGUCGGAAGUGAAGAAGGAGGUACGUCGCGGCAUCAUUGAGUGCUCGAAGCGCGGCUUGCUGCACAGUACCAAAUGGUUGGCGGAGAUGCAUCAUGGCUUAAGUGAUGUGCACAUUGAUAAUGCGCCGCCCGACGAUGAUCGCUCGUUUAGCGAGUGUCAACUGGAGGGCAUCGCUCCCUCCGAAUAUAGUGAAUAUUUUCUUGCUAAGAGCUACUAUGAUGUGCGUGAAUACGAUAGAGCAGCGCAUGCAGUGAGAAAUUGUGAAUCGGAUGUGCCACGUUUUUUGCAUCUUUAUUCAACUUAUAUGGCGCGAGAGAAGCGUCGUCUGGACUCAACCACGGAUCAAGCGAAUCUCAAUGAGCCGAAUCAAAUGCGUGACUUGACCGAUUUACUUAAUACACUGCGAGCGGAGCAUGGACGCAGUCGCCUUGAUGGCUAUGGCAUCUAUUUGUAUGGCGUCGUGCUGAAGGCUUUAAAUCUCAACCAGGCUGCAGAGCAAAUGCUGAUCAAUGCCAUCAAUUUGGUGCCUAUGCUCUGGAGCGCCUAUCUGGAGUUAUCGCCACUUGUGAUGGAAAAGAAGAAGCUGAUGGGCUUGCAGUUGGGCAAGCAUUGGAUGCGUCACUUUUUUAUGGCGCAUACAUAUCUGGAGCUGUACUUGAACGAUGAUGGUCUGAAGAUCUUCGAGGAUCUGCAGGCGGCGGGCUUCAGCAAGAGCAUCUACAUAACAUCACAGCUGGCUUUAGUUUAUCAUAAUAAAAGAGAUGUGGACAAAGCUAUUGAGCUGUUUCAGGCUUUGCUCGAAAGCGAUCCCUAUCGUCUGGAUAAUGUAGACACCUAUUCCAAUCUACUCUUUGUCAAAGAGAUGAAAACAGAGAUGGCUCAACUCGCCCACAAAGCAGUCAGCAUUAACAAGUAUCGUCCAGAGACCUGCUGUGUUAUUGGAAACUAUUAUAGCAUACGCUGUGAUCAUCAGGUGGCCAUUUCCUACUUUCAACGUGCCCUCAAACUCAAUCCCAAGUAUUUGGCCGCCUGGACGUUGAUGGGUCAUGAGUUUAUGGAGCUCAAGAACACGAAUGCGGCGAUUCAAAGUUAUCGCAAAGCAGUCGAAGUGAACAAACGCGACUAUCGCGCAUGGUAUGGUCUGGGACAGGCGUACGAGAUCAUCAAGAUGCAUUAUUAUAGUUUGUAUUAUUUUAAAAUUGCCCAUCAAUUGCGGCCGUACGAUUCACGCAUGCUGGUUGCGCUGGGCGAAACCUACGAGAAGCUGGAGAAGUGCGAGAAUGCUGUGAAGUGCUAUUGGAAGGCCUGCGAUGUGGGCGACAUCGAGGGCAUUGCCAUGUACAAGCUGGCGAGUUUGCAUGAGAAACUGGGCGAUCAUGAGACGGCUGUGCAUUGCUACAUGUUGUACUGCGAGGAUGAGAGAGCGGCCACCGAUAAGCAGAGUCUGUAUCAGGGAUUUAUGACGCUGGCUAAUUACUAUGAGAAGAAGGGCGACUUUGAACGCGCCGCCUGCUAUGCCUACAAGUGCCUGGACUCGGAUGAUCGUAAGACGGAGGCUAAGGCACUGCUGAAGACUAUCGAUUGGAAGCGCAACUCGGAGUGGCAAAAGAAAACCAAGGCAGCCACAGCGGCGACGACGACGACGGCAAAUGCGGAAACCAGUUCGGAGGAUGAAAUGGAAUGGGAGCAGCUGGAUGUGCGUGUUCGUGUUCCAUUUACCACCAUCUCGGACAGCGGCAAAACGACGACAACAACGGCAACGACAACCACAGCAACCUCCACAGCAACAACGUCCACAUCCGGGGCAACAAGCGCACGCUUACCGCGCAACGUGGCCGAGGGAGUGCGUCGAUCGCAACCACCGCAACGAACUCAACCAGCACCGGCAGCAAACAACACUGCAUCAACAUCAGCUGCAGCUGCAGCGGCAGCAGCAGCCACAACGACGGCAACAACUCAACAGCAAAGCGUAGAAACGCCAGCGAGAAGUAGCUCAACAGCUGCAGCUGCGGCAACAUCAGGAACAACUGGUGGUGCAACAACAGCAUUGGAUGAGACCGCACCGGCGGGAGAUAUUACAUCGGUUACAACGGAUGAGCAGCAGGCCAACAACGAUGGCAGCUCCAUGGAGAUAUCGACUGUGUCCAUCGAUUGA